AUGGAGGAAGCUCACUGUUCCACUUACACUAUGCAUCCGGGUAGUACGAAGAUGUAUCGGACGCUACGGGCAUAUUAUUCAUGGCCGCAUAUGAAGGGAGACAUUGCCAAAUAUGUGAGUAGAUGUUUGAUUUGUCAACAAGUGAAGGCGGAGCGACAGAAGCCAUCGGGACUCAUGCAACCACUUCCGAUUCCUGAAUGGAAGUGGGAGCGUAUUGCCAUGGAUUUUGUUUUCAAGCUUCCACGUACUUCAAAGGGUCAUGAUGGAAUUUGGGUGAUAGUGGAUAGACUCACCAAGUCUGCCCAUUUUCUACCCAUUAAGGAGACCUAUCCUUUGACAAGGUUGGCAAAACUUUUUGUGGAUGAGAUUGUGAGAUUGCAUGGAGCACCUGUGUCCAUCGUAUCGGACAGGGAUCCUAGGUUCACUUCUCGAUUCUGGAGGUGUUUACAAGAAGCUAUGGGUACUAGAUUGCAGUUCAGUACCGCUUUUCACCCACAAACCGAUGGACAAUCGGAAAGGACUAUCCAGACUCUGGAGGACAUGUUGAGGUCCUGUGUGUUACAGUUUAAGGAUGCAUGGGAUGUUCACCUUGCCUUGGUGGAGUUUGCUUAUAAUAACAGUUAUCAUUCAAGUAUUGGGAUGGCUCCUUAUGAGGCGUUGUAUGGGAGGCAGUGCAGGACUCCCAUUUGUUGGAAUGAAGUGGGUGACAAGAAACUGGAAAAGUGGAUAGUAUCCGAGCAACAAAUGAGAAGGUGA